AUGCCUAUCGCUCACACUCGCGACGAGGCGCAGCUGUUCCACCACUUCACACGUCAUCUUGGACGCUGGCUAGACUGCACCAAUGCCGCGAGGAUAUCCACCCUCGCUGUGUCCGAGAAGGCUGGAGAGUGUUCGAUUUUGGGCAAUGCUGUCCUGUGCUUCUCUGCAAGACACCAGGGAAAGAAUGAUCAAGGUGAGGAGGCGUACGAGCGUGCCAUAUCGCUGCUGGUCGAUCGCUUGAGCGAGAUUCCGGCACACUUCGAUGAGAUGCUGCUCUCGGCUGUGCUGUUGCUGCACUUUGCGGAUCAGCUAGAUUCACCAACUCAUAACUGCCCACGCGACAAGCCCCACCUCAAAGGCACAUCGAGCAUCCUGCGCGCCUCAAUGCCAACACCUUUCAUCGACCCCUCGGCAUCUUCCCUCCGUGACGCAGCGUUCUGGGUCUACGUACGUCAAUGCUUAUACAACUCUACCAUCAGCCAAGAGCCGCUAGACAUCGACUUCUCGUUGCAGCUCCUACCUGCGCCAGACUCGCUCAUAGAACCGCAUCCGCUAGCAUGGCUGUGUAGGGAGACCGCAUGGGCUAACCAGCUCCUCUGGAACACAGCGUGUGUAGCUAACUUCUGCUUCUCUGUUCCGAAGAUGAGAGAUGAUGCCGUGACGAGAGCUGCGGCGUGGCAGGAGCUAUGGGACAGGAAUGAGUCCUGGCAGAAGGAUAGGCCGAAGGCCUUUGAUGCUAUUGGGGGUGGACCGACGCAGGACGAGCAUGUAUUCGACGACAUUUGGUUCACGGCGGACUGGCACGUCAUAUCCUACGUCUUCCACCACUUUGCCUCCAUCCUCCUUCUGAGGUACGGACCCAAAUCAAAAUUUCGCACACAAUGGGUCCGUUCGAAGCUCUCUUCGACCGACCACGAGAUCCUCCAGCACGCCCGUGCCAUAUGCUCCGCGUGCAAGUCCUCCAUGCAGAACGCCCAGCUUCUCAUUGUCCUCUGCCACACGUUGUUCAUAUGGGGUCCGAUCAUAACAAGUUCCGCCGAGCGACAGGAAAUCGUGCGCAUGCUGAGGACUUUCGAGAACAUGCAUGCGUGGCGCACGGCAUGGAUCGUCGAUGCUCUGAAGGUAGAGUGGGGCAUGGACUGA